AUGCCGCCAAAACGAAAGACAGCAGCCAAGCAGUCACCGAAACAGGUCGCUACUCCAGCGCCCGUGAUGGCUAACGUCGCUGAGGCACCGAAACCACCCACACUCCCUCCGUCCCCAUCCCAAACAACCAUCUCCACCCUCCUCUCCCUCCCCCUCCGCACACUCCAAGAUCCAGUCGGCACAGCCCAGUCUCUUCUCUUCGACCGCUCCCACUUUUGGCCCCUAGCCGUCCUCCUAACAGCCUUCAACCUCGUCCUCGGCGUGGCAAUCAUCCUCAGAGUGCCAUAUACCAAAAUCGACUGGCCAGCUUAUAUGCAGCAGGUAGACAUGUUCCUGUCCGGCGAGAGGGACUACAGCAAGAUCGAGGGCGAGACGGGACCACUAGUCUACCCCGCCCUCCAUCUGUACAUAUACACUGCGCUGCACCAGCUCCUCCCCGUCCCGCGUGAGCGCGCCGCGCAGUAUAUCUGGCUCGCGGUCGAGCAGGGCACACUCGUCCUCACCGCCACUGUUUACUAUCUCGCCGGGCGCGAUCGGCAUAUCCCACAGUGGCUGCUUAUCCCGCUGGUACUGUCUAAACGCUCACACUCGAUCUACCUCCUCCGCCUGUUCAACGAUCCCCUGGCUAUGAUCUUGCUCUAUGCCGCCGUCGUCGGCCUCCAGCUCGAGUACUGGAAGAUUGGGAGUUUCCUCUUCUCCCUAGCCCUAGGGAUCAAGAUGAACAUCCUCCUCUUCCUGCCCGGUCUCCUCGUCGUCCUAUUCCAGUUCCGCGGCGCUGUCGGAACCCUUGACAGCCUCGUCAUCAUCUCCUUGGUCCAGCUCGCACUGGCAGGAUUUUCAUUCUUCGAAACACCAGCCCAGCUGCGUAUCUACUUUGCCGCCGCGUUCGACUUCUCCCGCUCCUUCCUAUACCAGUGGACGGUGAACUGGCGCUUUGUCCCCGAGUCCAUCUUCCUCUCCAAAUCAUUCGGAAGCCUCCUCCUCCUCAUCCACCUAGCCCUCCUAAUCCUCUUCGGCUUGUAUCGCUGGUGUCCUGUCCCCGGUGGAACUCGGGCCGUCCUCUCAACAGGCCUAUACAGCCCCCGAGCGAUGUUCCAGCCCGCCGUCCUCCCCGGUCAACUCGCAUCCUCUCACCUCCCCCUCGUCCUCUUCUCAUCAAACCUCAUUGGAAUGGCAUGUGCUCGUUCUCUGCACUACCAAUUCCAGACGUGGUACUUUCAUCAAAUCCCGUUCCUCCUCUACCUCGGCGGCGGAUGGGGACAGUGGGGCCUCAUCUUAGGAAUCCCAGCCAUGCUCGAAAAGGCAUGGGACACGUACCCCGCCACACCGCGAUCCAGCGCGCUCAUGCUCGCCGCACACGUCGUCAUGAUCUCGGGUCUCUGGGCCACUGGGGGCAAGCCCUCCGAAGUGACAGACGAAAAGGACGAGUGA